AUGUUGGCAUUGAGUGCAACCUGUACACAGAAAAUGUUACAGAAAGUUUUAAACAUGACAGAUUGCCCUAACUUUGUUUCUGUGUCUCCAAAUAAACAAAACAUCAAGUACACAUUUAAAAAGGUUGAUCAUAACGUCGAGUCAUCAAUGUUUUGGUUGGUUGAGGGACUUUUGAAAUUCAAAGAGAAAUUUCCAAGAACACUUGUAUAUUGUAAUUCCAUAAAGGACGUUUCCCUCAUUUACAAUUACAUUAUUUCUGAGGUUCCAGAACUGUCAAGACACAUAGAAAUGUUCCAUUCAGAGACAACUAACGAGACAAAACUUAAUGUUUUUCAUCAACUGACUGAAGAAGAUUUCAUGUUAAUACUUUUUGUUGCAACAAGAGCCUUGGGAAUGGGUGUUGAUGUUUUAGAAUGCCAUAGUGUUGUUUUGUAUGGCCCCCUACCAACCCUGGUAGACUUGCUUCAAGAAUGUGGUCGCGUUAGACGGGAUGGUAAAGACUCUAUUGCAGUUAUCCAACAUCACUCUUAUCAGUACCAACAUAUGGAUGAGGAAGUAAAGGCGGUAGAUAAGUCGAGCAAAUGCAGGAGAAUGGUUAUUAUGACAAACUUUGUUUCAACAACCGAACUUAAUGCAAUUGAGAAUAGUGAAUUGAGAAAACACUCAUGCUGUGAUUUCUGUGAAAAGUUGUGCAACUACGGUAAUUGUAGUGAAUUUAAACUGAUAUUGGAGAAGUGUGUUGAUGAGGACAUUUUAGAGAGAACAAAAUUAUUCAACCAAUGGAUAUGA